AUGAGCGCAUUAUAUGCAACUAGCCAUAAUUAUGCUAAUUUUUCGUUUCAGUACGGUUUCGGCGACUACCAUUCGUACGAGACGAUUCUGAAGUACUUGGAUGACGUCGCAAAUGCGUAUCCAGCCAUUGCCAGGACAUUUAUUGCUGGGACAUCAGCUGAAGGGCGACCAAUUAAGGGAAUUAAGAUCGGCAACCCAAUCAACAGUGCUACCAAACGAUCGGUGUGGAUAGAUGGUGGAAUUCACGCCCGAGAAUGGGCCGCCGUUCAUACAGUAUUAUGGUUUGUGAAUCAGCUGAUCUCAACAUACGAAACCGACUCUGAAACGCGUCAAUUUGUGGACGGUCUCCAGUUCUACCUUCUGCCAGUCGUGAAUCCAGAUGGAUAUGAAUUCUCUCGAGAUGAUAUAACUCCGAUGCAUCGGCUAUGGAGAAAGAAUAGAGGAGGCAUUAGAUGCAAAUUGGAUCGAUGGUUUCGGGAGAGAUGCUGUGGGGGCGUCGAUUUGAACAGGAAUUUCGACUUUCAUUGGGCUGAAUCUGGCUCGUCGACGGAUCGUUGUUCCGAGGUAUACCAGGGUGAUACGGCAUUCAGUGAACCGGAAUCCAGAGCUGUUCGCGAUAUGCUACUAUCUCCAGAAUUAAAGGGCCGCACCGAUGCCUUCAUUACGCUACACACCUAUGCACAGAUGUGGAUCCACCCGUACAGUAACCAAGUACGAACCUAUCCGGAAGACGUUCAGGAUUUGCGAGAAGUUGGGCUCAAUGGAGUGGCAGCGUUGGAAAGGGAUUACGGUACCGCGUACAGAUUCGGAACUGGAGCCGACAUUUUAUACCCCUCCUCCGGCGGUUCGGACGAUUGGGCGAAAGGGGUGGCCGGGGUGAAAUAUGUGUAUCUACUGGAGUUGCGACCAGCUGAUGAGGUGUGGGAUGGGUUUCUGUUGGAUCCACGACAAUUGAUACCUACAGGGAAGGAGACGUGGGAUGGGAUAAAGGUAGUCGUCCAAGCCGUCCUCGACAAAGCCCGAAAAAUGGGUGCUGCACCGGCCCCGACAACGACUACAACGAGUACAACGACAACAACCACAGCCGCGACCACGAUGACGAUCCCAACAAGACCUCCUACUGCCGCCUGGAGACGACCAAUGACGACAAUCAACGCGACGGCAAGGAGGAAAUUCACGCCUCGCCCCUCCGGAAUGUCCAACAACGUACAGGCCCCACAAUUCUGCACUGACAGAUCGCCGUGGUGUGCCGCCUGGCUACAGGGAAAUCCCGAUGUUUGCAGGAUAUCUUCAAUCUACAUGCGACGCGACUGCGCGAGAAGCUGCGGUUUCUGCCGACGGCGCAGCGUGCGUCUCGUUCCUCAUGCUCGUGCCCUCGGGCUCCGAGUCGAACUCGAUGCGCUGUGUGGUCGGCUCCUGGAAUCGGCGCAGCUGCGGACACACAAAUACUUUCGAGUCGCCGUCCCGCACGCCCUCACCGGGCAGAGUCUUGUGGCUCUCGUCGGCGAGAAGGGGCAUGCCGAUGAUGAAGUAGAGGCCACCCAUCUGGCCACCCUCCUCCUCCAAUACGGAUAUUUGUUCCCGGUGAUUGAGCCACAAUCUCAGUUCCAAGUUCGAGAUGACGGCACCCUCUACCGGUUACAACGGCCGUACUUUUGGCCCUCCCACGCCGCCCAGACGGAUAACGUCGAAUAUGCAAUCUACCUGAACAAGCGAUUGUUACGAAACGAGCAACGGCACGGGUUAGAAGAGGAUGAGAUCGAGGCCUACAACAAACUCGCCGAGCUUCUCGCCCACAUGUGGGGCUUCAUCACCGCCCAGGCCGAGCUCCAGCUCAAGCAACAAAAAGAGAAAAAGAAGGCCGACAAGGUGGUCUACGACAGCGAGGAGAGGGCAUUCUGGAGGAUACGACGGCCGGGGACGGCUAACUGCCUCGAGCAGCACGUCCAAAAAGUCGAAAAGCGGUUGCGGAAAGCGACGGCUGCCGGAUAUCGGAGUAUCGUGGAACGGUUGAAAUUUUCAAUAAAGACGAAACCGUGGCUGAAGGCGCCCAAGGCUUCUGGGGACAUGGUCAAAUGGGUUGAAAAUCUGCACGAUCACGACCCGCUCCUCGCCUCCUCACAACAGAUCAGCAACCCGUGGAUUACGGACGAGACGACACUGUGGACGUUGAAUACGGACGCCGUCGAAGUGCCAACCGAGCGGAGAGUGAAAAGAUGGGGAAUCUCGGUGCAAGAGCUCGUCAAGGAUCCGAUUGGCAGACAGGUGCUGGAAACGUUCCUGGAAAGCGAGUUCUCCUCCGAGAACAUCCGCUUCUGGAUCGCCAUCCAAGAUCUCAAAUAUUCGACGAAUGCCGAGAUCGAGCCGAAAGCCGAGCGGAUCUACGAGGAGUUCCUAGGCCCCGGCGCGCCCUGCCAAGUCAAUGUCGAUUCGCGGACAUUGGAGCGGACGAUGGAUCUGUUGAAUGCGGGGAAUCCGCGGCGGCACGCGUUCACGCAUGCUGAGGAGCACGUGUUCACGUUGAUGAGCAAGGAUUCGUAUCCACGAUUUGUGAAAUCGGCUAUAUACAAGGGCGUGCUCACGGCAGCCCAGCAACAAGGUUCAAAGCGGGUAGGCUGGCGUAAUUUCAUCUUCAACAUGGGAGCGACCAAGAAGCCGCUAGGCAGCAGGCAACACAAGACGAGUCGGGAUGAUAGCCAUCAUCAACAGCUGCCCAAGCAGCUCUCUUCCGAUUCCCUACCCGUCGCCAAAACUCAUCAUAACAGG